ACAAUAACGCAGAGAGUGAGACUAACAGCCUGACAGAUGCUGCAUCUCCAAAUGUAGAACACAGAUGGUCGGCUUAUUCUGAAAAUCCCAUUUAAGAGAAUUCAGCCAGAUUGCUACAAUUAUGGGAAAUCCACUCUCGGACGUCUGACCUCUCUCUGAGAACAGGCAGGUCUUGUUUUCAUCCACUGAAAACAGGGACAGAGGAUAUUUAUAAUCUAGACGCACGACAGACACACACACACACACACAGAUUUUAGCGAAUUGAAUUUCCCAUAUUCCCCUGUAGGGGGUGCUGUAAACUCAUUUGGAGUCAAUGGUCCAUGAGUUAAAUUUUAACUAAUUUAAGUUUUGACAACUGAGUCAACGACCAAUCACUAACUGGCUCUGGGUACUAUAUGGUUGUUUGACUUGAGAGCGGAGCUCAAGCAAUUUAGUGGAGCUGUGCACCUCCAGAGAUCUAUUUUAAAUCACCCUUUAAUCCCUGACCUAAAUCAUAGAGAUGAUGGACAUGGUAUCUUGAUACUAUUUGAUGAUGUGUUCAGUUUAACUUAAAGUUACAGCAUCCCCUGGAGUCUCCGUGAACGGGAUCAUUGUAAUGCUGGUCAGGACACGCACCGUUACGCACAGCUCCACCUCCUACAGGUGCGUAACUGUGAGUCACCUGCACAUGAACUGGUACCAGUAAAACCAGAACCCCGCUGAGUCCACCCCAUCCCUGCGGGUCCCAUCCCAGCGGUCCGCUCCUCAGACAUGCGGCAGGUUUCUUCAUGUUACACUACGACAUGCUUUAAUCCACAGUCCGCGCCAUGAACGUCACAUGGGGCCUGCUGACGGUACUGAGUGUGGUGUGCCACACGGAGUCCAGGUGCUCACCCACCACCUACUAUAAGAACUGCUGGAUCCGACGCUUCCCGGGGAUUUUCAUCGACAUCGCUGAGUCUCAGAGGAGAGGAGCUCAGCUCCUCAGGAGCUACCAGGAGGAGACGGCGCUGAAAUGCAGCCGCACCUGCUGCCUGACCAGAAACUUCUCCUGCAACCUGGCCAUAUUUCACUAUGAUGUCACCCAUGAAAACGUCAACUGUUUCCACCUGAACUGUCCGACUCUGGAGAGCUGCAUCCUCAGCCACAGGGGGAACGUUGUUCUCUACAACAUCACAAAAGGGGUGGAUCCUGACCUGCUUGUGUUUGGAAAGUAUUUGACCUCCAACGUGCGAGUGUUGCCCCAUCACUACAGUCGAGCCAACGCCUCAGAGCCCCUGCCUCCGGACAAGCGUCAGUUCAUACAUCCACCUUUGCCCCCUGCUCCUCAAAUGACACCAUCCACCACGAAACCAUCCACCACAACAGGCAGAGUCCUCACCACCACUGCGGCUGACACUACAGCGUACAGCCCCACUCAGCCUGUAACACCUACAAUCGCUUCACCCUCCACUUCACCCGCUUCUCUCCUCGACUCGGGGAACACACUUCCCCCCACCUCCAGCGGUUUCGUUGCUUCCACCUUAGCUACAUCUUCUUCACCCAUUACUGACACCACCCUGCACGAAUCCACACCUGAGACACCUACUGUCUCCACCACCGCCACUGCUUUGGCCUCCACCGUGACCAGCGCCCACCUUCACGCCACCACUUCCUCUCAGUCCACCGCCAGUCCUCAACCUAACACAGGAAGUAUGGAAAACACAGCGGUCAGCAUUCAUUACCCCAACGACACCAAGGACACACUGGGGAGGAACCACACGGCAGGAGACGAGGGGGUCAGCGGAGAGGACCCCACAGGACUGGGGCCUGAGUGGCACGUGGCCGUCCACACCUUGCUGGUGGCUGUGGGCGUCUGUGUCACGGUGCUGCUCAGCUGCUGCUGCUCUGUGCUGCUGGUGGUGAGCUGGAGGGGGAGGAGGAGGAGAAAGGGCCGCUAUCGAACAGAGUGGAGAGGAAAAAGAGGCUCCAUGCGCCUGAUAAAGUACGUGCUGGUCAGAGAAUCUUCCUGAGAGACAAAACUGCACCAGCAGAUGUGACGUUUCUGAUGUUUGAUGUGAAUGGAACUGAAUGAGAAAAAAGAUGUUAACUUUUCUUUUCUUUUUUUUACCAAUUUUUUUCUCAGCUUCUGCUUGAUUUAUUAGUCCCAGUACAAAGAUUAUAUUGGCUUCUGUAGAUAGAAAUAAGAAGAUGAUUUUAAAAAGAAAGAAUAGUGCAUUUAUUCCAGACAAUUUGGCCUGGAAAAUAUACUUCAUGUAUGAUAUGUAUGGUUUAAUAACUCUGUUUGGUCAAAUGAGACCAAAGUAGAACCCCUUGGUCUUUAAAAUGAUGGUUACAUUUGAAGAAGGAAGGGAGAGGCACUGAACCCAAAGAACACAGUCCCCAUAGUUCAACAUAAGGAUGAGCGCAAAAUGUGGUUCAACAGACAAUUCAACAGCAGGACUUGGUCUCAGAUAUUUAGAGGCACCAAAGUACAUUAUUCUGCUUGAUUUUAACUGAAAUUUCACAAAUUCGACAAUUGAAUUCAAGCACUGCAAUGUGUCCCAACAGAGUAGAACCAAUGUUCUCCUAUCUCCUGUAUAUCACACCUUCGAGAGAAGAAAAACAUGACGCAACAAACUUUCUAAGAAAACGCCUCUUAGUUAAAAUGGAUAUCAACCUAUAAUUGUCUACAUAAAGUGUUGUCCUUUAUUGGAUCAAAUGAAGAAAAACAACUCCCCCAGUGGUGGCCUUCAGUGUUUAACCUUUUUACAUCUCACUGCAUCGGGUUUCUUCUGACCUAAAAGUGAACGAACCAGUACUGGAAAACUCUUAAAAGGAGAGUGGAGGUAUUUUUGUACAGACCGCAGAAGAAAGCGUUCUUUCACUUGGU